GUUGAACAUCCCCAAGGGCCACUCACCAUCACUCCCUUUCCUCUUCCCUAAAAAACCCCCAAAGCCAAACUAAACGACCUUCCUUACCUUUUCCCACUCCAACCAUGUCGAAUGAAUCCCAAACUAUGUCCCAUGAAGAGCUCAUUGCCUCAAAUACAGCCUUGAAAGCACAUGUGGAGUACUUGGCUAAAGAGGUAGCCAAGCUUACGAAGAUGAAACUCAACGAGCUCCAAGGAAGUGACCGUGAAGAAGACGUUAGUUAUAGUGGAACCAUGAAGUCUAAAGCCACUGAAGGUUCUGACUUCAAAGUUGACAUUUCAACUUUUGAAGGGAAGAACGACCCGGACGAGUUCCUCGAGUGGCUAGAAACAGUGGAACGCGUCUUUGACUUCAAAGAUGUUUCCGAUGAAAAGAAGGUCAAGAUAGUGGCCUUAAAGUUCCGGAA